GGAAAAAAAAGAAAAAAAAAAAAAAAAUUAGGAACAAAAAAGGCGAGGAGAGUCUCGACAGCCAACGGUCGACUAGACAUUUCUCUUACUGGUCUCAUUAUUCAUGGGAAGUUUGUCUCGUUGCUGACCCUGCCUCGCUCAUCUCCGCUGUCAGUCGUCACUCUACAGUCUCCCUUCCCAGAGUUGUUCCCCCUUCCAUCCAUCCAUCCUCUCCCAUUCCCUCCUGUCUCAGUCCCCCAUCCAUCUUCCCUCCUCUUUCCUCCCACCUCCCCUUUGUGUUAUUAGUAUCAAUAUCUUUACCUUAUCCUUAUCCUUUUUAUUACUAUUACUAUUUAUUAUUCAUAUCCGCAUACACUUUCCUUAUUGUCUAGACUGUUGCCUGUGUUUUGUUUAAUCUGCUUGUACUUUCUGCCUGUUUGAUCUACUAUAUUCCGACUCCUAUUAUUCCGCCUCCCUCCGCCUCUCCCACGCGCCUCUCUUUCCCAACCACAUCAUGCCCUACAAUACUCGUCGCAAGUCCUUGUCUCUUCCGCUACUGGGCAUUCAUCUUCCAAACACAUCUCGUCGCUCUCCUUCAACCUCAAAGCCGGUUCACGCGACCGACGAGAAUACUCCUUCCAAAAGGGUAAAGAGAUCGCACGACUCAGACUCGUCGUCGCCAGAGCCGAUAGAACAGGGCACAAACACCAAACGACACACGAAUACUGUUCGCCCGUCUGGUCGACGUGCGACACUGGAACAAACACCUCCUUUAUCGCCCUCUGAUGGCGGUGUCGCACCCAAGAUCGACCUUGAAGGGAUCAACGACGACAUCGUGGUUGGUGUGAUUGAGCAGUUGGAAAAGACCGCCAAUCGCCCUCACCUGGUCAAAGAGCUGGCUGCGGUCCUCAUCACCUUCAACGACAAUGUGGCGAACUCUGCAAACCCUGCUGCGCUACUCUCCUCCCGUCUGAGCGCUUACAUGAAGCGCCCAUGGACAGCGCUAGCGCCGUGUCCUUUGGCAAAGGAGCUCAUUCCGAUACACCCUCGCAAGGUGUAUUACUAUCUCACAACUCAUGCUCGCCAGCCUAUACCAGAGAGUUCCGACGAUGUCAUUAUACCCGGUAUCGAAGGCAAAGCCUCGACGCCUAGUGUAUCCAGUGUAGACGACGACGAGGAUUCUCUGGCGCGGCAGCGCUCUCCAAGCCCCGAGGUUGAUUUGUCUUCUCCUGAUUUCGAGGAAGGAGACAUUGACUUGGAUGCUUGUGGCGGAUCCGGUAGCGCGAGACACAGCCCGGAAUUCCCUGACCAUCGCCACACGCGCGUGGUUCACUCACAUCGUGCGGCCUCUCCACCACUGGAGGGCGACGAGAAGGAGUUUACGCAAACGGCUAGCGCUGUUCGCGAGCGGGCCUCCGAGCAAAAAACCAGCCAACUUGCGCAAGCUAAGGGUGGAUACUCGGCCCUCACAGAGGCCCUCCAAGGGUUGGACGACAUGAGUAUGAGCAUCUCAGGAACACCUGUUGAUGGCAGCCCUCUCUCCUCUCUUGGGGACGAUGAAAUGUCCCAAAGUCAGGAUAAUUAUUUUUCUCCUGAGGACCAUGAAUCGCACUCCUCUCUCGAAGAACAGCUGCAACUGCAGGAUCUUGAUGAAACCGCUGCAACUGCCCUGUUCGGCACCUCUCCUUCUCCUUCACUCACAUCCGUUGCGUUGUCCGUCUCGUCUGGCACGAGCGCAGCUUCGGAUGAUGGUUCGGAUAUUGAGAGCGGGCCCGGCUCUCUCGGAAAUGCUCCGCGUAUCGCUCUUCCGGAAGAUCCGAGCCUGGCGCGUAUGUCGACACUCAAGAGGUCAAUAGACAUGCUAGACGAUGAAAUCCCUGACCUAGACAUGGGAAUGGCGGAUUUCGCAGAGGACAAAGUAGCUGUGAAUGCUAUGAUGCCGCUGAACCUCUCGUCUGAGAUGGUUCUCGAUUCUUGGCGGGAGUUACAAAGUCCGGAAAGCGUGGACGUCGACGAACUCGAUGAGAUGUUCGGCGAGAUCUAACCGCCAAGUUCUUUCUACCUGCACUCUGCUCAGAGCCGUCUACUCUGAUCAUCUCCGCUCAUGGCACAAUUUGACCUUUCUUGAGACCGAAACAUAUUGCUCUCUCGACAUGCGAUCUGUCUGAUUUAAUGUUAUAUUUGUUUAAUCUUGCGUUGUUGUCUACGCAGCUGCGUUCAAUUCUUGUGGCGGGUGCCCAUCUUUCGCUUGUACAUAUAAUUUGCUCACCCCUCUCUCUCACUUGAUUCCCAAUAUGCCUUGUUCUGAUUAUGAUACAUACUUGGUCGGUUAUGGUCUUGGCGGUUUUUUUAUUUGGCGUGGUGAAAAAGCAAUGCUGCUUACGCAAGAGGGAAAAGCUGGAGGAGGAUACAACAAUACAACAGAGGAAAACGUUUUAAGAUGAUUAGUCAAUAUUGAUGGUACAGUCCCGAGUAAUG